AAGGGGAGAGAUGAAGAGUUCUAAUGGUGGAUCAGCAGCUAAGAUGGAGAGAAAGAUGGUGGAGAAGAACAGGAGAAUGCACAUGAAGAGACUCUGCUUCAAGCUCUCUUCUCUCAUCCCAAGAGAACACAUCAGCUCCUCAAAGGAUGUUUUGACACAACAAGAUUACUUGGACCAAGCUGCAUCUUAUAUUAAAAGCCUUCAAGGAAGGAUUGAAAACUUGAAGCAUAGGAGGGAAUUGCAAACUAGUACCAAUGGAAUCAACAAGGAUAUUAGCAAUGAGAUGCCAAUAGGCAUGAGACUUCCUGUGAUUGAAGUAAGACACCAAGAAUCAAACUUGGAGGUCGUUUUGAUAAGUGGUCUUAACAGGAGCUUCACAUUCCAUGAGGUGAUCAGCAUCCUUGAGGAAGAAGGUGCAGAAGUUGUCAAUGCCAACUUCUCUGUUGUUGGUGACAAGAUCUUUCACACAAUUCACUCUCAGGCUGUUAGCUCUAGAAUCGGCUUGGAGGCUUCAAGGGUAUCUGAGAGACUAGCGGAGUUGGUUCAAUGAGCAAUUUUAGAUCCUCAAGAGGUUGUAAGUUGGAACCCUCGAAACCAGAGCGAGAAACAAGUUCAAUAUUGUUGAUAACUGCAGUUAUUGGCGUGGAAGAUAGAACAUGGAUAACUAUCUUGUAUUGAUUGUUUUGGCUUCAAUAGUACUCAAACCCAUCUUUUUGCUUCUCAGAACAUGGUUAUGUUAGGAGUCUGUACCUUCCUCCGAGGAGGCUAUUGGUUUUGUUAUUGUACUAAGAAAUUAACUUUCUAAGGUUGCCUUGGCAGCUACUGUGCUUUAGAUAUAAUGCCAACAAUGAAGCUUUUUAACUA